CUCCUUUUCAUUCACUGCAGAAUCUCUUGCUACUCCCUUGGUCGCGUAGCUGUGUCCAAUUUGCAGGACAAAUACCCACCGGAUUAUUUCUGUCGCGGUUCCAGACGAUAUCCGAUCUGCGAGCUCAGUCUUGACGUUUGAGCCAAAGCUUCUUGUCGGCAAAGCUUAGACAAACCUGCCAUUUUCACUCUGCCACCACGAAUCCUACUUUCUAAGAGGACCUGGAUCUGGAUACGAAUGCUGUAGAAGAUGGCGGUAGACAGUAAUGGAAGGCUGGUUGAGCCUGGUCACAAGGGGAUGAACGGACAUGCCACAGCUUCCAGAUCAAAGCCAGCAAAAAAGCAACAGAGCUUCAGCGUCUUCAGCACAAUUUCUCGACUGCUGACUUGGUACUCGAUUAUCACGAUACUUUUCAGAUGCCCUGCUACAGUAGACCUCACGGACGCCUCCCCGAAGAUAUGCAAACCAUACUUUCAAGUAAGGUCUGCUAUAACACCCCAUAUUGAACCUUACUACGAUGCGUAUGCUGCUCCGUACGUUGAUGCAGCUCGACCAUACUAUGAGACGCUCGAUAAGAGAGUGAUUUCUCCCAUAGUGGUUCUAAGCAAGAAGUACGGCUCUCCACGAGUGGCACAGGCACAAGCUUUCGGUCAAGCUCAAUGGGAGAAGAAUAUUCAACCAGAGGUUUCAAAAUACCAAACAAUACUCCGAAACCAAUAUGAUCAGACACUUGGUCCUCAUGUCAGCACAGCUAUAACCACUACAAGCCCAUACUACGAUGUUGCUAAGAACAGUGCCCUACAAACUUAUUACGAACACAUCUUGCCUACCUACACCGCUGUCCAACCAUACGCGUUACAAGGAUAUGGCAUUGCCAGCGACUUCGCCGUGAAUACGGCGAUUCCUUAUUCCCAAUGGGCUUGGACUACCGGUGUUGUGUUCCUCGAUAGGACCAUCUGGCCUAAGUUGCGCAUCCUGUAUGGAGAAAAUGUGGAGCCCCAGCUCGUCAGAAUUGGGGAGCGCCUUGGAAGAUAUCGGGAUGGGAAGAAGAUUAAAGCCGUUGCAGAGGAAGUGGAUAGCUCCUUGUCUGCCUCUUCUGCUUCUCAAACUUUUUCAUCCAUCUCAUCCUCCAUCGCCUCGGCCCACGAGACAACUAUCCCUCAGACGAGUGCUCCUGCAAGCACCGCCAAUGCCCUAGAAUCACCCGCUUCGACUCCGCUGUCUGAAAAGGAAAUUCGAGAAAAGGCUCAGAAAGUCGUUGCUCACGAUCUAAGAACAUGGCAGGAAAAGUUCGCAAAGGCAGCGGAUGAAGGAUCAGAUGAUCUUGAAGAUCGCAUUACUGAAAUUACAGAGAGAUUGGUCAAGAAUCAAGCUGAGAAGGUUGGCAAGGCGCAUAUUAUUGAGCUGGAGGAGACUAUCAAGUCUAGUCUAGAGUCCUUAAAGCGGAACAUCAUCUCUAUUGUCAAGGACGCCCACGACAGUGAAGAAUCGGAGAAUGCCUUGAAUGCUGCUGUGCGCAAGGCUGGAGUCGCUAUCAAGUCCAAGGCGCAAUCUGUUCGAACAUGGAGACAAAGCUACGAUCAAGAGACUAACUCUCUUGUAAGCAAAGCCGCCAUGGACACGCUCGAAAUCUUGGAUCAUAUUCGCGACCUUGGCCUGCAGGAGAUCGGCAUGCGUUGGGCUUGGAUUGAUGGUGUUACCCACAAGGACUGGUCCAAAUAUCACCAAUUGAAAACAAAAUUCGACGAAUGGCGGUACGACGUCGAGAAGGUUGCCACUGAACACCCUGGUCUUGGGAAGGCACGUACUGCUUCUGAUGAGGUGGAAAGCCAAGCAAUGGGAAUUGCUGAAGAUGCAGCUACCGAAUUAGCACGUCUCAAAGAGACUGGUCGCUGGAAGAUAUCCGCCAAGGAUGCCACUGACGACUUCAGCACGAAGAUAAUGCCGGCAGCAGCUGUUGUGGCAGGCCAAAAAGUACUGGAAAAAGUCAGUGAGCUUAGUGAAGCUGUAGCUCCAUCAUCUCAGGGGACUCUCGAGUCUGUCACCUCGUCCAUCGCUGAGUCAGUUGUUGAGGGCAUAUCAGCCGCUUCCUCAGUUGCGGCUUCGCAAGUAGACAAUGCUCAAAGCGUUGCGUCAUCUGUGUCUGCCAGUAUUGUUGGCACUCCACAAGGAACUGUGGAAAGUUUGGUCUCUGCUGGAUCAUCGAGUAUCAGCAGUCUUGCAGAACAGGCAUCCAGUUCAAUCAUAGGAACGCAACAAGGCAGUGUUGAGAGCGUCAUUUCUGUCGCAAGUGAAAGUGCGAGCAGUUUUUCUGCUCAAGCUUCAUCUUCUAUCUUGGGCGAAGAACCAGGUGUUGUAUCAAAAGUCGCCUCUGAUGCUUCAAGUUCGAUCAGUUCGGCGGUUUCGGGAGCAUCCAGUGCUGCCUCCCAAAAGGUAUGGGGCGGUGCAAUGGCACAGCACGUUGAGGCUCGACAAAUUAUCUUUGAAGAUGUCAUUGACGAUUCUGACGAUGAUACUUUCAGCGAAAAACUCCAAAAUAUGGCAAGUCAGGCGGGAGAUAAGUACAGCGACAUCGCGAAAGCUGUUAGCGAGGCAUUGGUGGGUACCACCAGCACCGAAGCAUUUCCAGUCACGAAAGUAGCCGCAGAAAAAUACUCAAGCGCACUAUCUGCUGCCAGUGUUGCUCUUUAUGGUACUGAGCAAGGAUCAGGGGAAAGUAUCUCUAGUGUAGUCUCGAGCAGAUACGCUGAUGCAGUUGCUGCAGCAAGUUCUAUUAUCUAUGGGACCCCAAUGCCCAUUACGGCGUCAUUGGCUGCACAAGCGACAGAUGCCUAUAACGCUGCUCUUUCUCAAGCAAGUGAGAACUACGCCCACGCUCGAUCGGUAGUGUCUGCCCAGAUAUCUGGUGAACCAAAGCCUGUUCAUGAAGCGAUGUUCAGCUCUGUUGAAGCAGCAUACUCGGACUCGGUUAAUGCAGCUAGCAGUCGACUUGGUUCGGCUCUCUCUGCUGCUUCGACUGCAAUUUACGGAACAGCCACUCCCCAGUACCAGGCCGCGCUCGCAUCGAUAUCUGCAGUCGCCCAAUCCAAACUUUCCGAAGGUCUCAGCGCGGCUUCGGCACAAUUUGACAGUGCAAAAAGCUACGUUGCUGCCGUCAAUACUGCUCCUCCAGCAAAGCAAAAAUUAUUGGGACAGAUGCAGGACCAGUAUUAUGCAGGAAUCGGAAUGGCGCAUGCUCGAUAUUCAGAAUUCUUAGAAGCAGCAUCUUCUGCUGUGAUGCCAACCCAAACGCCAUUCCACCAAAGCCUCUACAACAAGGCGAGCGAAAAUAUCGUUGGUACACCAACCCACAAAUUCCAAGCCGCACUAAACACUGCGUCCGCGCAUUUCUCAAGCGCGAUGGCAGCUGCGUCGGCACAGUAUGAUGAUAUUCUUGCUUCUAUUCACAAGAUUGGGGGCGAUGCAGGUGGUGAUACUGUUCCUACAAGCAGCCUCGCAGCUGUGGCAUCGUCUCGCUAUAAUGCCGCCGUUGAACAGGCCUCUCAAUCCUUUGCUAGUAUUAAUUCUGUGAUCUCUCAGAAGUUGGAGUCGGGGGCUUCUGCUGCUUCUUCCGCUGUUAUUGGCAGUGAAACACCUUGGACCGAAUCAGUUGCAUCUGCUGCCAGUGAGAAUUGGGAACUUCUUGUCACCAAAGCAAGCAGUCAGAUAUACGGCGCACCUACUCCAUACUUUGUCACAAGAAGACUACUUUCAGAGGCUAGAGAAUAUGCCGCUCAAGCAACCGAGGGAGCAAUGUCCCAGUACGCUGCCGUACAAUCGCUUAUCGGUGAGCUUGUCUCAGGCAAGGAGCCUGACUUUACGGAAAGUGUCUAUAACCGUUUCAGUUCCGCAUACUACACCGGAGCUGGACAAGUCGCCUCAUCAGCUUCAUCCUAUGCAAGUGAGGCUUACGCAUCCGCGAGCUCUGUUGUCAGCUCGGUAUUUACACCCCCGCCUACAAUCGAAGCCAUCCUUGACUCUGCAUCAAGCCGAGUAGAUGAAGCAGUGAGUGCUGCUAGUGUUCAAUUCUAUGGCACUGAGAAGGGCAGCUACGAACAAGCCACAUCUGCCGCUGCCUCUGCUUAUAGCUCAGUGCAAAGCGUCGCUUCGGAGAAGGUGUACGGAACCAGCGCAGGAUACGCCGAGGCAGCUCAAAGCUCGAUUGCGGAUGCUGCUCUAUCAGCUCAGCAGGCAAUCUCAGAAGCCAUCUGGGGCACACCUACUGGCACCGUCGAAAGUGUGACAAAUGCGGCUGGCGAGGCCUACGCGACUGCCGUGUCAGUUGUAGGCGAGCAGUACUCUGCAGUCGUUUCGAGGGCCAGCGAGGCUAUAUACGGCCCUGAGCAAGGUGCGAUCGAGAGCGCACAAUCAAGACUGUCUGCUGCCGUGGAGUCUGCUCGUGUUAGGCUUGCUGAAUUCGCAUCUUCAGCAGGAGAGGGCGCCAGCGACGCGGUGAAGCAAGCGAGCGAGGGCGUCGAGAACUUUGCCAGUAGCGUUAGCAGCGCAAUUUCCUCUGUUACUUCCCAUGACGAACUAUGAAAAUAAUGAUAAUUAACAACGCGGGUGGGGAGGACGUGUAAAACCCAAAAUGGAGGAGGGACAGAUACAUAGGUUCGGAGGAUGAGAUAAGAAACGAAACAGACACACGUGUAUGAUGUAU